UAUUAUUUAAAAAUAUCAUAUAAUAAUAUUCUGGCAUGACUGUAAUUUUUCCGCGAAUGCGUCAUCGAAGAAAAUCUCAUAUAGUAUCGCACAUACAUAUAUAUAUAUAUAUUUAUUCGUGACAUUGCGAAUAAAUCUUCGAACUUGCAAAACGUUGAACCGUACGUAUUAAAGUUUGGGAACAUUGCCAAAUAUUUGCACGAAAAUUCACAUGUCGCAAAAUACAAUCAUCUGCCAUUUAUAAAUCUAUACAUAUAGUAACGUUAAUAAUCCUUUCCGCAUUCACUGCAACAUAAACAUGUCACAGUCUGAGACAUUUAUUAACUGUUUUCUUUUCUCCAACACAAUGACCUGUCUUACUUCUAUAGAUUCAGGAUAUAAUAACUUGUUAGAUAUAACGUGUUAUACGAAAGACGAGUUAUCCUAGCACAGGUCAAUAGUAUUAAUUAAUAAUUAAUUGAAAUAUAAUAGCCAGAUGUAUUGCCAUCUGAUUCAUUGCUCACAAAUAAUAAUCUUAAUGUUUUCUGGGAAAACUGCGAAACAAGACUCCGAUAUGUGACCUUAAUUGUCUCCGCUUCCAAUUAUCGCUCGACCAGACCUUCGGGUCGAUAUUGAAUCACACGUCGCGCUUUGAAUUUUUCUCGACAUUAAUUUCCACAAUUACAUCAAUAGCAUUAAGUAAUUAUACAUUAAACAGAAUAUAUGCACCUGUGCAUAAAAGCGCGCAAAUAAAUGGUUUCUAUUUAACAGUUUCUUUUGCCGCGUGUCUUCUUACAUUGUAACUGCGCUACAAUUGUGUCAGCUCCUUGGUCUUAAUUUAUUCAACCGUCUGUGCACAGGAGAAUAAUAAUUUGCAUGCACAGAACAGUCGGAAAAUGAAUAAAGCAUCGCUUAUUAAAUGCAUUUUCAGAUACGGCGAAAUGGAGAGUCAUUUUCAGGGCAAAGCACCGGAAGAGGAUACGAUUGGACAGCUGCAGCAAAAUAAUAAGAGAUCUACAAUGACGUUAAACAUGAGCGGAUUGUGGGAUGUGGUUCCUCGAUUGGAUCAUUAUAGAUUAAGCCGUCGUGCAAAAAGACCGUCUUUGAGUACUUUGCAUGAAGGAAAUCUUAUAAAGGACGCCAAUGCCGUCGAGACCGGGCAGGUCGGGAGCGUCGCCGGUCAACAGGGUCACGGCGGAAUAAAAUUAGGAUGGAUCCAAGGCGUCCUCAUACCGUGCCUGCUAAACAUAUGGGGCGUAAUGCUGUUUCUGCGACUUUCGUGGGUAGUCGCGCAGGCCGGUAUUCUGCAUAGCAUCGUCAUUAUCGGGAUAUCGGCGGUCGUCUGCGUCAUUACGACGCUUAGCCUCAGCGCAAUUAGCACUAAUGGGGAAGUAAAGGGAGGUGGAAUAUAUUUUAUCAUAUCUCGUUCUCUUGGUCCGGAGUUUGGUGCAUCUGUUGGUAUCGUAUUUGCAUGCGCAAAUGCUGUGGCAGCUUCGAUGAACACGAUCGGUUUCUGUGACUCACUCAACGAUUUACUGAAAACAUACGGCUUGAGAAUUAUAGAUAACAGCGUGAAUGACAUUAGAAUCGUCGGCAUAAUAGCGCUUAUCGUUAUGAUUCUUAUUUGUGCGGUCGGCAUGGAGUGGGAGUCAAAGGCCCAAAACUUCCUUAUAGCUGUUAUUUUGGGUGCAAUUCUGGAUUUUUUGAUUGGAACUAUUAUGGGACCACAAAAUAAGGAACAAGAGGCGAAAGGUUUCAUAGGCUUUUCAUCAACAGUAUUUAUGGACAAUUUCUGGUCGGACUAUCGGUACUCUGAGAACAACAAUCAAACCUUUUUCUCGGUCUUUGCUAUUUUCUUUCCAUCCGUCACCGGCAUUCAAGCUGGUGCCAACAUUUCCGGUGAUUUAAAGGAUCCAGCAAGCAGUAUACCAAUGGGAACUCUUCUCGCUCUAUUGAUCUCUAUGUUUAGUUAUGUGAUUUUCGUCUUCUUUGCUGGUGCAGCGGCCGCCAGAGAUGCAGGUGGCUUCGUAAACAAUACUAUCGUGGAAUGCAUUUCCAACAAUUGCACUUAUGGACUGCACAAUAGUUAUUCGGUCAUGCAAUUGAUGUCCGUUUGGGGCCCGCUGAUUUAUGCAGGCUGCUUCGCGGCUACUUUGUCAACGGCUCUAACAAAUUUAUUAUCGGUGCCCAGGCUUAUUCAGGCUCUGGGUCAAGAUCGAAUUUAUCCCUGGUUGUUCUUCUUCAGUAAAGGAUACGGAAAAUCCGGGGAACCUUAUCGAGGAUACGUCCUCACGUUUGCUGUCGCGGCUCUCUUUCUUUUAAUCGCCAAUCUUAACGCAGUCGCACCAUUGAUCUCGAACUUCUACUUAGCGUCGUACGCCUUAAUCAAUUUCUGCACUUUUCACGCAGCGCUGGUCCGUCCACUCGGAUGGCGGCCUAGUUUUAAAUAUUACAAUACUUGGAUAUCCUUGUUCGGAUUCAUUCUUUGCGUUGCGAUUAUGUUCCUUAUUGAUUGGGUGACUUCGCUCAUCACCUUCGUCGUCAUCUUUGCGCUGUAUCUUAUAGUAGUUUAUCGUAAACCGGAUGUAAAUUGGGGCAGCAGCACACAGGCGCAAACUUAUAAAACUGCACUUUCCAUCGUUUACAGAUUAAAUUCCAUCGACGAGCACGUGAAAAAUUACGCUCCUCAGAUUCUGGCGCUUACUGGUCCUCCUGGAGCGAGACCAGCAUUGACACAUUUGGCAAACAUCAUUACAAAGAAUAAUUCCUUGCUAAUUUCCGGCGAAGUCUUUCCGACACGACUCUCGUAUCGGUUACGUUCCGCGCGCUUAAGAAGCGGUUAUUCCUGGCUACAUCAACAACGUAUAAAAUCGUUUUAUCACGUGGUGGAGGAUUUAAAUCUGGAACGAGGUGCUGCCGCGUUGAUGCAGGCCAGCGGAGUCGGCAAAUUAGCCCCCAACGUGGUCCUCAUGGGUUACAAGACUCAUUGGGCGACAUGCAAUCACAAGGAUCUGCAGGAAUACUUCAACGUUCUUCACAAUGCUUUCGAUCACAAGUUGGCUGUGGCAAUCUUGAGAAUCGCCGAAGGUUUGGACUGCUCUGCUAUCACAAAUGGGAAUGGCGACGAUGAACACGGAGGCCUUGCUCAGAGCAGUUAUGAUUUAGCAGGAAACACUCUGAUGCACGCCGACAGUGAUCUUUCUAUGAGCACGCAGAUUCCCAGAGUACAAAGUGUGCCUACAAUAGGUACUCCAUUUGUCUCGCAUGACGUAAUGCAUAUGAUCAGAGAUUCUCCAGUACAUUGGAAUGCUCGAGAAAAUUUAAAACACAAGAAAAAAAUUGCUGCUGAUAAAUUACUCGAAAAACGCAAUGGUAUGGCUUCUAUACCAGAAAGUAUAACAGUUUUCCAGAAGAAACAUAAGAAAGGAACGAUUGACGUAUGGUGGUUGUACGAUGACGGAGGUCUGACAAUUCUUCUACCAUAUAUAAUUAGUACACGCUCUAAUUGGGAGACCUGCAAGAUAAGAAUAUUUGCUCUUGCCAAUCAUAAACAGGAUAUCGGUGCGCAAGAAAAAGAAAUGGAUGAAAUAAUGUGCAAGGCUCGAAUAAAAUACAGCAGUUUAAAGAUGGUAGAUGAUAUCAGCAUCGAACCGAAACAGGAGACUAUGUCUUUUUUCGACAAAUUAAUAUCCGACUUUCGAAUGAACGAUCCUUCUGACAAUUCGGAAUGUUACGUUACCGAUUUUGAGCUUCAGAAUUUACGGGAUAAAACGUACCGACAAUUGCGAUUGCGAGAAUUAGUGUUGGAGAACUCGAGUCAGUCCACCUUGGUAAUAAUGUCCUUGCCGAUGCCAAGGAAGGGUGCAGUUUCGGCGCCAUUAUAUAUGGCCUGGUUGGAAACGCUCACAAAAGACAUGCCACCGACGAUCUUGAUCCGCGGGAAUCACACAUCCGUAUUGACGUUCUACUCGUAGUCUAUCGAUUAUAAUCUAGCUAAUAAUUAAUUAAUUAACUAAUUGUGAUUUGCGUCAAAUCGCGCCACGAGAAAUCUCUCUCCUUAUUGCAAAGAUCUCUUUCCAACGCGGAGAGAUACGCACAGUAUUCGGAAUAUUUAUUGCCAAAAGAUCGUGUAGAUACGCCAAUACUUUUGACUCCUUUUGUGUUUUUAUACUUGUACUUCAUAGAUCAACCUUAUGAUAUUUCAUCCUGUCGACUUGUAAGUUAUAGAAUUAAGAAAUUAACUCAUUAUAUGUAUAAGUAUAGUAUAGCAAAAUAACUCUGGUACCUGUAGAACAGUGUUUCUUGAUAGCUUUUUCAUUACUCAACAACUUCAGCAGUUUACUAUAAUUAAUUGGUGUAUAAUUAUUACGACUGAACGAAACUGUGAAUGAAAAUUUUUGAAUAAGAGUUUAAGACCGUAACAUGACAUAAUAAAUUCCAUAACGAUAA